AUGGCGACAAGUGGGGCGGACCAGAAGAUUGGAUUCUUCCGUAUUCCAAAGCUGAAGGAUUACCCAAAAACAAUCACUGGCAAGAAGGGGUUGAUUACCAAAACGAAAGUAGAUUUAAACAAUAAGCAACGUGAGUGGUACAUUGAAGCUUGUUCGCAGAAGUUUAGGGCUGCAGACAACCGCAGUGCUGAUGAAGUGGAGGCUCAGUAUUGGAAUGGCGACGUACGCUUUCCCAGAUUGAAUAAGCAGUGGACUUUGAACAUUCAGGCAACAUGCAUUACUGCAUCUCGUGCAUUGCUGAUGGAGAAAGGGGAUAUGUCUGCCAUUCAGCAAGUGCGGCUUACGCUUAGUGCAUUACGUGGUGUAGUAAAUGUAUAUAUGUAUACGCCCGCGCAAUCCACUUGCAAAUCUACCAGUAGUGGCGAAGAUAACGGGAUGUACACACAGACUAUCAAUUUUGUAGAGAAUAAGUUGGAGCCAGUAUCAACAUAUACUGGAAUUAUCAAACGAUUUCAGUCGAUUGAGAAGACUACAAGUGAUGCAGUGGACUGCAGUGAUCCAGUGCAUACUUCAGAGGCUGUCUGCACUAUCUUAACAGACCGUGCCAGUUUUCUGUCAGAAUCACAGGCUAAAAGUAGAGCUGCAUACUAUCUUCAUAUGGCUGAGCAAGUAGAGCUAUUAGAGGCAUGUAGGUUCAAACGAAGAUAUCCUCCGAAUUCUUUCGUACUGGCAAGUUCACAGCUUCUGCAAAGAAAAUCACCAGGGCUAUAUAAGAAAAUCCGUGCUAACAGUUCCUUUACAUUCCUGUCGUGCGAGCGUACUAUAUUUUCGUCUGAAAAUAGCAAUGCCUUGCCAUCUGACUGCAUCUUGGCCGGUGUUGGAUCAGCGCAUGCAGCGGUGUUAGAAUGUAUUUCACAGGCACAUGUGUACGGACUUUCCGAUACGCGCACCAAACAGGAAGUGAGACAGAUCGCUUUUGACGAGAAGAAGGAGCUUACUUCAUUUCAAAUGCGAAAUCAAUCAUGGCCCUACAUCUUGAUGAAGUUAAUAUCCGUCCCAAGUCAUACAUUCACCAGUAAGACUUCUUUAUAUGGACCGGCGUAUAAUGACCCGAGUACACUGGCCAACCAUAUUCAAACAUUUUAUUAUCUUCCAUUGGAGAUAGCAAAAUGUCUAUGA